AUGAGCGGAAAAAAUGACGACACGGAAAACAAAUCUGCCGAUGAAAAGGCUGAAGAAGCCUUGAUGAAAGCUUGCACAUUGAGCCGCGACGUGUCCAUGGAAGAGUGCCAUCAGCUUGUCAAGACCAUUCUCGAGUCUGCCAAAUAUGCCCCAGUCCUUCCCGUCCUUAUUUGUCACCUUCGAAAUCACGAAAAGAGUUUGGUAGAAGGACAGGGCUCCGGCGAGCGAAAUGUUGCCGAACGAUUGGCAGUCGCGCUCUACCUAUGCGACGAUGUGAUGGGACGUGUCCUCUUCAAGUUUUUGGUCCUGUUUGGAUCUUGGAAGAGUCUCUUGAACAUCCUAUGCUUAUGCGAUGCUCUAAACAACCCAGAAGCCAUGAAAGAAAAAGCUGAAAGGAAAGGAAAAGCCAAAACAAAGAAACGAAAAAAGGGCGCAAAUGACGAGGAUGAUGUCGAAAAGGACAAGGGUGAUGAAAUCAAACUGACGAGCGCUGCAGAAUCUGGACCCUACAUGGACCUUUGUCAUGACAUUCACGAUUAUUUUGUGGAACAGCUGAGACGUGACAAAGCUGCCAUUGAUGCAGGAGAAAAAAAGGUAUCCAAUGCUAGCAAGUAUGCUCCACAUGAACGGCGUGGACGAGACUUGACGUCCUUGCAUGCUGACGAAAUAGCUAAGAAGAUCUUUCCGAAUGAGGGAGAUAGCGGUGGUGAUAAUAAGCACUAUCUUCGAAAGCUGUAUCGCAAACUACGCUCUCAAUUGAAUCAAACCAAUGAAUAUCUACCGGAUCGCAAAUUGGCAUUGGGAAAAGCGGAUCAGCUUCAAAUGCAUCAAAUUACAGCAGGAUACUUUGCCAAGUCUAGAAAGGCGCUGUUGAAUCGCAACAAAGAUGGACAAGAGCGUUACGAUUCAGAGCCGAGGAGAAACUUGAGAAGACUAGUCUUGGAGGCAGCUGCAACUCCUCAGAAAGUUCCAACACCUUCGGACCUACAGCAGCUGGCAACGGAUAUCAGUUUUAUUGUGGACGACGAUGACGAAGAGUUGAUCUUGCUUCAAGCCAGCUUUGAAAAGGCUGUAAUGGUAGUUACGGAUAGGAUUCACGAGUUGCAAAACACUCUCAAGAGUAUGAUGACGUCUCUCUCCAUGAGUAGACCAGAAGAGUUGAGCGUUUUGAACCUUGAUGAUGUUUUGAUGGCUAUUGAUGUUAGUCCAUCCCAAGCUUAUACAUUUCCACUGGUCGCACUACUGGUUAUUCUGUUCCACACCGUCAUCAACAAGUUAAAGGAGGAAGAAGGAAAGGCCGAAGCAAUGGAUGAAGAUGGAGACCAAAAGAAGAUGACCGCUCAUGAGUGUGUCCUGUUCCAUCAGACAACUCAAACCAUACCCGUACCCGUGACGGGUACCAUCCGCCAAAGAUUGUCAACGCUCGUCAAGUCGUUCCGAGAAGCUCGUUUGACAGUCGAUGGGCAAGAGAGCGGGGAGAAUGAGUAUACCAGUCUCUUGCAAACUUUGAAGUCGAAAGUGACAGGUCGCCCAGAAGCACCUGUUCUGGUUUGCUCGGACUUUGCUUCCUCUCCUGAGUUUGCCAUCGCGGUGGAAGAACAGUUCGCCGAUGUGGGAAACGAAUUGUGUUGUUGGAAAUUGUCCAAGCCCACAAGGAUCCGCAAUCGCAAAAUUGUAUCUUGGGACUCGGCGAAACCUCAAAUCGAUCUUUGCAUUUGCCUUGAUACAACUGGGUCCAUGGGGAGUCAUAUUGAGAGUUGCAAGAGUGAGAUUCUAAAUCUUCUCAAUGACUUGAUGGCGGGGGGAGGAAUGGCAGUGUCCUGUUCCUUUGUCUCAUACAAAGACUUUACAAACGCAGGACACUUGGAAACUCAUGACUGGGUUAGUGCGUCGGAUGCCGCUGGAACUGCGUCAUUACGCCGAUUCAUUACUGGCUUGAGACCGACGGGUGGAGACGACUGGGAAGAAGAUGUCGCCGGUGGUUUCGAGAAGUGCAUUGAUCUGAUGAAAAAGAAGAAGGAUCAAUCAAGUCUCAAGCUGGUAUUGUUGAUUGCCGACGCCCCUGCCCAUGGAUAUCCAGACGGUAGACCAAAUUACAAUGGAGUCGAUCAAAAAGAAAGGUUGCGAAAAGCAACUCGCCGGUUGGCAGCAGCACCUCACAACGGUGGAUUUGGUUGUGAGCUCAUGUUUGCGGAAAUCAAUCCUAAUACAACCGGAAUGUGUGACGCCAUUGACAAAGUCCUCGAACCUGAAGGGACCUAUAUUGAUCAGUUCGAAAUGGGGCAAGCGAAAAGUAGCGUUUUCCGAGAAAAGAUUGUGGCGAGCGUUCAACAAGUGGUGUCCCAUGCUGUUGCGCCACCAGCCGCUGUAGGCUUGGAUGUCAUUUCUGGCACAGACAUUGGUAUCUGUGAACGUCUCCUUGCAAGUCGACUAAGCAACCGGUUGCAACAGCUUCUUGAGAAGAAAGCAGAGGAGGAGAAGGAGGAGGAGGAGGAGGACACGGAGAUGAAUGAGGAUUCUGGUGAGGCAAAACCCAAGAAAGCUUUGCCAACAGCGUUGGGGAACUUGUUGGGAAAACUGGAUGGAGAAGCAUACAACAUGGUCCGACAUGCCAUGGGAACCGUCAAAACAGGAUUAUAUGCUUCAUAUCAAGUUCCCACAAAUUCGGGACUUUCUGAGGCAAGCGUUUUGAGCCUGAUCAAGGCAGGCAUCACAAUGGAAGAUUUGAUAGCAAACGGUUACCCAAAACAUAUUCAAGAUAUGUUUGAGGAAGUCUUGCGCGGUAUGAUGACGCAAGGGGCCGGAAAAAUAAAUGGAUAG